CAUCCAGCCUCCUCAUUCCAAAACACUCACAGCGAAGAGCGAUGACGGACAUCCUGGAAAGUAGGCCCUUCGGGUCGCAGUUUUCCAAUGUUUACCUCACCAUCUUCGCCCUGUUCUGCUUCAAGCUCUUUAUCAAGAUCAGCCUCAACAUCCUGACGCACUUCUACAUCGUCAAGGGGAACCGCAAGGAGGCAGCCCGAAUUGCAGCUGAGUUUUAUGAUUUCGGUCAAGGGCACAGGUCAUGGGCUGACCGCUCUCCACUUCAUGAGGCUGCCUGUCAAGGUCGUCUCCUGGCUCUGAGGACUCUGCUGUCUCAGGGCUACAGUGCGAACAUUUUCACCAUCGAUCAUGUGACCCCUUUACAUGAAGCCUGUCUUGGAGAUCACGUGGCCUGCGCAAGGGCACUAAUCGAUGCUGGUGCCAAUGUGAACGCCACAACCAUUGAUGGUGUGACGCCGCUGUUUAACGCCUGCUCAGCGGGCAGUGUGGCCUGCACAGAGGUUUUGCUGGAGCACAGUGCCAAGCCCCAAGCGGAGCCAUGCCAGCCGUCCCCCAUCCACGAGGCCAGCAGCAAAGGUAGAAGCGCAUGCGUGGAGGCCCUGAUCACUUGGGGAGCCGAUGUCGACUAUGACAUUCCUCACUUGGGAACGCCGCUCUACAUAGCCUGCAUGUCCCAGGAGCUACAGUGUACCCGCAUGCUGCUGGACAAAGGUGCAAAUGUACAGAAGGGACGGUUCCUGGAGACGCCUCUGCAUGCGGCCGCCCAGAAGGACUGCCCAGAGAUCGUGAAGGAACUACUAGAAUAUGGUGCCAACAUCAACUCCCGAAACCUGGAGUUGAAGAGGCCAGUGGAGGCGGCCCCCCCUAGCAGCCUGGCUGAGGGGUUGCUCCUCCUCUGUGAAGCCACGCCCAGCCCUCUGCGCCAGCUCUGUCGGCUCGCAAUCAGGCAGUGCAUCGGCCGUUCUCGGCUCCACCUCAUUCCCCAGCUACAGCUACCCACCCUCCUCAAGAAGUUCCUGCAGUACAGAUAGGCUGAUCGCCAGCUAAACCCCCACCCCCUUCAUCCCAUGUGACCCGACCAUAGAAGUGCAUCUGCUACAAGUCUGUCUCAACCCUGCCAUGUACUCAAUGCAAGGUCCAAGGAUUAAAAUAAAACAGUCAUGCUCACUCCCAAACAGCCAGGCAGAGCUUUUUAAGUAUAAAACCUGCAUGUGAAUACAGUUGUGUUCAGUCACUGUACAGUGCUACAUGUGGUUAAGCGUGUUACUGGGAUUGUUCGCGAAUCAUUUGAUACGUUUACUUGACAUGUUUGGUUUCCCAGAAGCCACAUAUGACAUGAGCAUUUAUCUUUUAUUGCACACUCCUGGGUAUGCCACCACGGUCGGCUCACACGCCAGUGAUAUGACAAACCAAGCCAGUGUCACACACACACACCAUUUGAGUCCCUUUAAGGAAGUCCUGAGAACCUCGACAUUACAUCAUUAUAUGGAACAUGGGGGACAUUUAAUUGUGUGAAGAGUUUUGUUUUUUUUACUCAUACCAUAUGGUUAUAAAGGCUGCAUGUACAGUAUAUAUAUUAGAUAACUACAUGAUUAAAAUUUGAUAAAAGCA